GCCGCCCGCCGCGUGCCGACCUCAGCGCGACCCCGCCCGCACGCCCGCACCCCCUACAUGACCUGUGCUCACCCCAGCACGACGUGAGAGCCCUUCUUAUGGAUGGCGGGGGACGGACGCGUCGCUGCAGCCACUGACUCCGAGUGCUAAGUGCGGGAGUGUCUUGAAGGAGCGCCCGUCCUGCAGACCCAUGUGGCGCGGGUGAGCUCAAGCGUUUUAAGGGAAAACAGAAGGACGCUUGAGCAGUGACGACAGCCAGCAGGCAGGCGAGGCACCAGCCACCGCUGGGCGCAGCAGGCUGGGCCCGCAAAGAUGGCGGCGAGGGGCGCUUCCAGUACCUCUACCGUGUCCCGUCCCUGGCCGCGCCUGCUGCCUCCCGUCUUCUUCCUCUUCCUCUUCCUUGCCGCAGUACUCCACUCAGGUGUUUGCAGUGAGGAUGAGGAGCGGUUGGUGCGAGAUCUCUUCCGCGGCUACAACAAGCUCAUUCGCCCCGUGGAGAACAUGACUCAUAAUGUCCAGGUUAUGUUCGGUCUCGCGUUCAUACAGCUGAUCAAUGUGAAUGAGAAGAACCAGAUUAUGAAAUCCAACGUAUGGCUGAGAUUGGUAUGGAAGGACUACCAACUGCGAUGGGACCCAGCUGAUUACGGCGGCAUCGGGGUACUACGUCUCCCACCAGACAAAGUUUGGAAGCCAGAUAUUGUCCUUUUCAACAACGCCGACGGUAACUACGAGGUCCGGUACAAGAGCAACGUCCUCAUCUAUCCUUAUGGAGAAGUCCUUUGGGUUCCUCCUGCUAUCUAUCAGAGUUCCUGCACGAUAGACGUGACCUACUUCCCGUUCGAUCAGCAGACCUGCCUCAUGAAAUUCGGCUCCUGGACCUUCAACGGAGAUCAAGUGUCCCUCACACUCUACAAUGACAAGAACUACGUGGAUCUCUCGGACUACUGGAAGUCCGGGACGUGGGAUAUUGUGGAGGUACCAGCCUUCCUGAACGUGAUUCCGAGCGAGAAGGGCGCCACGGAAACCGACAUCACCUUCUACAUCACCAUCAGGAGGAAGACCCUGUUCUACACCGUCAACUUGAUCCUUCCCACGGUCCUCAUCUCCUUCCUCUGCAUCCUCGUCUUCUACUUGCCGGCCGAAGCUGGAGAAAAGGUGACACUCGGUAUCUCCAUUCUACUGUCACUGGUUGUGUUCCUGUUGCUCGUGUCGAAAAUCCUGCCGCCGACCUCCCUGGUGCUGCCGCUGAUCGCCAAAUACCUCUUGUUCACCUUCGUCAUGAACACGGUGUCCAUCCUCGUCACUGUCGUCAUCAUCAACUGGAACUUCAGGGGCCCGCGAACGCACAGGAUGCCCAACUGGAUCCGCGCUGUGUUCCUCAAGUUCCUGCCCAUCAUGCUGUUCAUGAAGCGCCCGAGGAAGACACGGCUCCACUGGAUGAACGACAUGCCUCCUGCCAAGGUAGAUCCCCAAGUGACCACCAACCCUCUCGGUCUCCCUCUCACAGCUGGCGUUCCUCCCCACCACCACUUUGGCUCUCCGGUAAUGAACAAAUCCACAGGCGAGAUUGAACACAUGGAACUGUCCAGCCUCCACCAUCCCAACUGCAAGAUCAAUCGAGAGUCUCCACUGUUGCAGAUGCCGCGUCGCGAGUCGGAGAGUUCUGACUCGCUGUUCAUGACUCCUGAAGCUUACAAGGCCACUGAAGCCGUCGAGUUCAUCGCCGAGCAUUUGAGAAACGAAGACGAGUAUAUCCAGGUGCGGGAGGACUGGAAAUACGUUGCCAUGGUGAUCGAUCGUCUCCAGCUUUACAUUUUCUUUGCAGUCACCACAGCAGGCACUAUCGGAAUUCUAAUGGAUGCACCGCACAUAUUUGAAUAUGUAGAUCAAGAUAAGGUCAUUGAAAUGUAUAGAGGGAAGUGAAGUGCUGUGUGGGUGGUAUGUGUGUUGGCAUUCAUGUGUAUAAUGUAAUAUUUGGAAAGAAAAAAGAAAUAAUGAAGAAGCAUUAAGUAAAAGAAGGAAUGAGGGAGAAGGAGAGGAAAGGGUUUAUUAAAACAUUGUGAAGAAGGAUCUUUUGUUUCUUCAAAUACACGGUGACAGAUCAGUCUUUUGAUUUUGAGACACGAUACUGAGAUGUUGGCAUCUCGAGGAGUAUCGUCUCUGCGCAGAUGUUGUCUCUCUCUCUCACAUGCUGUCUGUCUGUCUCUUUCUAUCCAUCCACCAGUCUACCUUUCUUUAUCGCUACGGAAGAGAUGGUAAAGAAAAGUAAAUAAAAAAAAAACAUUUUCGUCGCGAGAGCAAAUGGGAGACAAAAGAUAAAUCGAAGGAAGGAAGAGAGAAGAUAAGGAAAAGUGUUACAUGGAAGAGAGAGAGAGAGAAAGAGAGGAAAAAAAAAUAGGCAUCGUUGUUACACGAAAGGAAAAAAGAAGGAAAGAGAACAACGGUGUAAGAUAGAAGAGAAGAGAAGGUCAGCGGAAAGAUCUCCCAAGAAGCGGCCUCGCUCGGACACUCUCGCCGUCAUCAUGUUGGUGCCGACCUUACUCGCUUGUGACCCUGGUUGUGUGUAUCCCCCUCACCCUGCAAUCAACAGUAUUUCGAAGUCUUCGGGUCUUCAAGACGUUAAAGGUGGACUUCUCAAGAUUGUUUUUUUUUCAUCUUGGAGCUCAUGUGUGUUAAGAAAAUGAAAUGAAACAAAGAAGAAGGACGAAGGAGAAUAGAAGAGAGCGGAGGGAUGAGACCGAAGGGCGCAUCGUAAAGGAAAGAAAAGUGAGAUGACCUAAGGUCAAACAGUUUCGUUGACGAAUGACUGGAGUCGCUCAUGAGCUUCCUUAUCCUCCCUGAGGUCACACACUUGUACACACUUGUACACACACUUUAUAAAGACACAGACAC